AAACUGCCUGCAGACAGUGGAGGGGUUGGUUGUUGUGUUGUUGAAUUGGAAUGUGGUUGAUGAAAAAUUCGAAAAUGAAAAGUGAAAGGCAAAGCUAGCGUAGCGAGACCUAAGGUAUUCGUUUUGCUUGCGAAUUGAAAUUGUGUAGUACGUACAAAUAGUGUAGAAUAUGAAAGUCGUUUUAGCAAUAUUAAUCGUGAUAGCAUGCGUCUUCUUCCGCGAUCAUUUAGAAAUUUUUUUCAAUACAGUAAUCAUAAAAUUAAUGCACAUUAAUAAUAGUGACAGUAUAAUCUUCACAACUGAGCAGCUUUCAUAUUACGAUGGUGUUCAACGUGAGAAAUUAUACCUUUCGUUGAUGGGAUCUAUAUUUGAUGUUACCACAGGCAUCAGACACUAUGGAAAAGGGGGCCCUUACAAUUACUUUGUUGGAAAGGAUGGUUCAAGAUCAUUUAUCACAGGGGACUUCCAAGAUGAAAGUGCAAACAAGGACCAUAUCUUAGAUCUUUCUUGUGAUGAUCUGUUUACUUUGACAAACUGGAGGGAAACUUUAAAAGAAAAAUAUGCACCUGUUGGUGUCCUUAUUGGCAGAUAUUAUGAUGCUCAUGGCAAAGAAACCGAAUAUUUGAAGCAGUUUCUGGAGAAACAUUUACAAUGUGAGUUUGAAAGGCAGGCAAUGAAGUUGGAGGAGCAGACCAUGCCUCCCUGUAACAUGGAGUGGAAUGCGGACACUGGCACCAGAGUUUGGUGCUCCCAAACAAGUGGUGGUGUGAAAAGAUCAUGGGUUGGAGUACCUCGGCAACUGUACACUCCAGGCAAAGAACAUCCGCGCUGUGUUUGUGUGAACCUCGAAGAGAAUGCUGUUGUGGGCUUGGUCAAAGAAUAUGAUGGCUGUUCAAUCACCUCUCCAGAGUGUACACUCAAGAGCACUUAGACUUUAUAAUUUAUUGUAUCACACUAUUUGUGCUUGUUAUUUUCAGUAAAAUAUGGUCUGAUGUGGAAAAAGUUACAAUUGACAGUUUCAGCCAUAAUAAUAAUUUUAUCAAAAUUUUAUCAAAUCAUUGCAUUUCUUUUGUAAUUGUAUGCAAGUUGUGAAUAAAAGGAAUCUCAGAUCAGAAAUCUAUUAAACUUACACAAACUUAGAAAGAAAUAAUUAAACUUACACAAAUUAAUAUCACUUCAAAAGUGAUAUUAAUUUGUGUAAGUUUAAUUAAUUGAAUAAGAGUGAUAUUAAUUUACAAUUUGAUUAGUUAUAAGGAAACUGAUAACAUGAAUAAAACAAUUUUAAGCAAA